AUGGCGCACAUCUCAGCCGAAGCCGCGCAGUCCAAGCCUAUCGAAACCAUUCGUCCUGACAGCCUCCCCGAGGUACAGGACCCCAACCAGGUCGCAGACGCCCUCGACAAGCUCGUAGACCACUCAGAGGAGCACGCGGACGUCAAGCAGUCCAUACACGCCCCUUUCCACCAGCUAUACAACAUCCCGCUCAUCCACAAGCUCAUCCCAGGUCUCGAGAAGCUCGCGAACGAGUACCAUGUAGGCAACUUCGUCAUCGUACGGAGCACGGGCGAGAAGAUAUUUGAGAGCAUGCCUAUCUACCCUCGGCUAGGUAUGCACUUGAUGUUUUACGGCGGCACCCAGAUCAAGUUGCUGCACAAUCGUUCCGUCGAAGUUGUCCUCAAGGAUCUUUCACUUCGUCAAGGGAAGGUCUACGACUCCCCCGAGUCCGUCAAGUCUAUCCCCUCGUUCGUCAACACGUACUCGAUCGGCCUCGACGAGCUGGAGCAGCCGGAUAUCACAAAGUACAAGUGUUUCAAUGACUUCUUCUACCGGAAACUCAAGCCUGGCGCGCGUCUGGUGCAGAAUGCAGACGACCCCCUUGGCUUCUGCAGCCCCGCCGACUCGCGUGUGACCGUCUACCCGACCGUCGACGCUGCAAAGCAGUUUUGGAUCAAGGGUAGUAAGUUCUCGAUCGCUUCGCUGCUGGGCGUUGAACCGGGGUCGGAGAAGGCACGCAUGUUCGAGGGCGGGAGUGUAGGCAUCUUCCGAUUGGCUCCGCAGGACUACCACCGCUUCCACAGCCCGAUCGAUGGCGUCCUCGGGGAUGUCACCGAUAUCCCUGGACAAUAUUACACGGUGAACCCGCAGGCGGUGAACGAGCCCGGGUUCGAUGUGUUCACCGACAACAAGCGCUCCGUGCUCUACAUGACACACGCGCAGUCGAACGCGCCUGUCGCGUUCGUCGCCAUCGGUGCUAUGCUUGUCGGCAGCAUCGCGUGGACUGCAGGCAAGGGCGCCACGGUGAAACGCGUCGACGAACUUGGGUACUUUGCCUACGGGGGCAGCACCGUCGUCAUACUGUUCCCCAAAGGCAUCAUUAAGUUCGAUGACGACCUGUUGAAGAACUCGGAUGUGCCGAUCGAGACGCUGCUCAAAGCUGGGGAGUCGAUCGGGCAGAGCGUGAUGCCUACUGCGGGUUUCAACGCCGCGAACGUGCUUAGGGGAGGGGAUGUCACCCAGAACGAGGCGUCUUCUGGUGCGGAGGCGGGGGCGGCUGCAGGGGGAUGGGAUGUGUGGGGGACAGUUGGGUCAAAGUGCAAUGUGUUGUGAAUGGGUGUUGCACGGGCAGGAAGACAGGGAGGAUAGAGCAACAGAAUCUGAUGGACAUGGACCCUGAACGCGACGAACCAAGUGCUGUACUUUUUGUGUCCAACCAUCGUAUAUAUGUGUGUUCGCAAGCUUUGACUCUAGUUUUGCCUGUGGAUACCAACAU